AUGGAACCUGAAAUUCAAGACGAUACGACAGUGAACAAUAUCGAAGCAACAGCUAUUUCACAAGACUUGCAAGAAAGAUACACGCAUUGGAAAAAGAACACUAGAUUGUUAUAUGAUUACUUAAAUACUAAUUCUACGAAAUGGCCUUCUCUAUCAUGUCAAUUUUUCCAAGAUGUAAAUACAAAGAAUGACUCGCAUAGGAUACUUUUAUCAUCAUUUACCUCUGGCCUAAUGCCUGAACAAGAAUCCAUUAACAUUAUGAGCAUAUCAACAUUGAAGCAUGUACCAUGGGCCUCCUUGAAUAAUUUUGAUAUGGAUGAAAUGGAAUUUAAACCAGAUAAUAAUUUAAAAUUACCUCCAAAAAAUUUACACACUGAGCAAACAAUUACAUUCCCCAAUGGUGACUGUAAUAGAGCCAGAUACUUGCCCCAAAAUCAAGAUAUAAUUGCAGGUGCAUCUUCGGAUGGUACCGUCUAUAUAUUUAAUAGAACUAAGUACGGUUCUACGUUAAGACAAACUAGUUCUUUCCAAUCGUAUCAAGCUAGAUUUGCAGAACCUGAGAAUACUGUUCAGUCAGUUGAUAGUAAUCCGAAUGAAGCAUUAUCUAUUGACUGGAAUGUACAAAGAGAAGGGCUUUUAGCAGCUUCAUAUUCAGAUGGUGAGAUUAAAACGUGGGACUUGAAGAAAUUUUCGAACGCCAACACAACAAUCACCACUCCUACUGUUUCAAUAAUGAUGGAUACAAAUGGUGCCAAUGAUGUAACAUGGAUGCCAUUGCAUGAUUCCCUGCUGGCAGCUUGUGGUGAAAGCAAUAAAUUAAUAAUCUAUGAUAUAAGAGGAUCCAGAGAACAUACCACGAUAUCUUCAGGAAUUCAUGAAGAUGGUAUCAAUGCAUGUCGCUUCAAUUACGCGAACAAUUUAAUAGUAGCAUCUGCUGAUACUGUAGGUAAUGUACAUAUAUGGGAUAUCAGAAAGUCUAAUGAGAUAGUGAAGACAAUACCGCAUGGUUCCUCUAUCUCUACGAUCGAGUGGAACCCCAACAUGGAUACCAUAUUGGCCACCGCUGGGCAAGACGACGGAUUAGUCAAGCUAUGGGAUGUAACUGACUCGGAACUGAUUUUCACACACGGUGGACACAUGCUUGGUGUCAACGACAUAUCUUGGAACAGACAUGACCCAUGGUUGAUGUGCAGUGUCGCUAGAGACAAUUCGGUCCAGAUCUGGAGACCAGCGCAUAAUUUAGUAGAAGAACAGGUGUAA